GCUAUGUACUUAUUUGCCUACAUAGUGGUAGGUAAGUACUUACAUAAGGCGAUAGACUAUACUAACCAACACCGUACGCGACGAUGACGGUAUAACCACGCCAUUCACGAAUGUAUGGGGAAAUUAAGAGGCGAUCAAGACUUACGGCAUUGCCUCCUACAAGCCUUACUGGUAGCCUGGCUUUCCUCUCCCCUCUCGCUAGGAGGGUUUAGACUCGAUGUCCUGCUUUUACAGAAUCCUUCAAAUGAAGAUGCAAUCAUGGAAUGGAGCAAUUUAGAAUUACGUAAGCACUGCACUUCAACAAUAUCAAUCUUGACGUUUUGUUUGAUGGUCAUGUGAUCCUACUUAGUCUACUAAACCAACCAUCGCCAGCCCCUUUUUCAUUUAUCUUCGGAAUCUUUCUGGUAUUUUGGAUUGCA